GGGAGGGGGCAGGUAGCGGGCGGGUCGGGUCCAAUGGGUGCCGGCUCCCGAGGAGAGGGCGGAGGAGAGGAGGAAGGAGCCGAAUUCUGGGCCCCGGCCCCAUUCAUUGCGGCGGCCGGGCGGGCGGGGGUCCCGUGUUUUCUGAGUCAUGGAGGCGCUAAUUCCUGUCAUCAACAAGCUCCAGGACGUCUUCAACACCGUGGGCGCCGACAUCAUCCAGCUGCCUCAGAUCGUCGUGGUGGGGACGCAGAGCAGUGGAAAGAGCUCAGUGCUAGAAAGCCUAGUGGGGAGGGACCUGCUUCCCAGAGGUACUGGUAUUGUCACCCGGAGACCUCUCAUUCUGCAGCUGGUCCAUGUUUCACCAGAGGAUAAACGAAAAACAACAGGAGAAGACAAUGACCCUGCUACAUGGAAAAACUCAAGACACCUUUCUAAAGGGGUGGAUGCAGAAGAAUGGGGUAAAUUUCUUCACACCAAAAAUAAGCUUUACACAGAUUUUGAUGAAAUUCGACAAGAAAUUGAAAACGAAACAGAAAGAAUUUCAGGAAAUAAUAAGGGAGUAAGCCCUGAACCAAUUCAUCUUAAGAUUUUUUCACCCAGUGUUGUCAAUUUGACCCUUGUGGAUUUGCCAGGAAUGACCAAGGUGCCUGUAGGUGAUCAACCUAAGGAUAUUGAACUUCAAAUCAGAGAGCUUAUUCUUCGGUUCAUCAGUAAUCCAAAUUCCAUUAUCCUCGCUGUCACUGCUGCUAAUACAGACAUGGCAACAUCAGAGGCACUUAAAAUUUCCAGAGAGGUAGAUCCAGAUGGUCGCAGAACCCUGGCCGUAAUCACUAAACUUGAUCUCAUGGAUGCGGGUACUGAUGCCAUGGAUGUAUUGAUGGGAAGAGUUAUUCCAGUCAAACUUGGAAUAAUUGGAGUAGUUAACAGGAGCCAGCUAGAUAUUAACAAUAAGAAGAGUGUAGCUGAUUCAAUCCGUGAUGAAUAUGCAUUUCUUCAAAAGAAAUAUCCAUCUCUGGCCAAUAGAAAUGGAACAAAGUAUCUUGCUAGGACUCUAAACAGGUUACUGAUGCAUCACAUCAGAGAUUGCUUACCAGAGUUGAAAACAAGAAUAAAUGUUCUAGCUGCUCAGUAUCAGUCUCUUCUAAAUAGCUACGGUGAACCUGUGGAUGAUAAAAGUGCUACUUUACUCCAGCUUAUCACCAAAUUUGCUACAGAAUAUUGUAACACUAUUGAAGGAACUGCAAAAUAUAUUGAAACUUCAGAGCUAUGUGGUGGUGCUAGAAUUUGUUAUAUUUUCCAUGAGACUUUUGGACGAACCUUAGAAUCUGUUGACCCACUUGGUGGCCUUAACACUAUUGAUAUUUUGACUGCCAUUAGAAAUGCUACUGGUCCUCGUCCUGCUUUGUUUGUGCCUGAGGUUUCAUUUGAGUUACUGGUCAAGCGGCAAAUUAAACGUCUAGAGGAGCCCAGCCUCCGUUGUGUGGAACUGGUUCAUGAGGAAAUGCAAAGGAUCAUUCAGCACUGUAGCAACUACAGUACACAGGAAUUGUUACGGUUUCCUAAACUUCAUGAUGCCAUAGUUGAAGUAGUGACUUGUCUUCUUCGUAAAAGGUUGCCUGUAACAAAUGAAAUGGUCCAUAACUUAGUGGCAAUUGAAUUGGCCUAUAUCAACACAAAACAUCCAGAUUUUGCUGAUGCUUGUGGGCUAAUGAACAAUAAUAUAGAGGAACAAAGGAGAAAUAGGCUAGCAAGAGAAUUACCUUCAGCUGUAUCACGAGACAAGUCUUCUAAAGUUCCAAGUGCUUUGGCACCUGCCUCCCAGGAGCCCUCCCCUGCUGCUUCUGCUGAGGCUGAUGGCAAGUUAAUUCAGGACAGCAGAAGAGAAACUAAAAAUGUGAGUCUCUUGCUUCAAAAUGAAAAUGUUGCGUCUGGAGGUGGUGGGGUUGGAGAUGCUGUUCAAGAAGCAACAACAGGUAACUGGAGAGGAAUGCUGAAAACUUCAAAAGCUGAAGAGUUAUUAGCUGAAGAAAAAUCAAAACCAAUUCCAAUUAUGCCAGCCAGUCCACAAAAAGGCCAUGCUGUGAAUCUGCUCGAUGUGCCGGUACCUGUUGCACGAAAACUAUCUGCCCGGGAACAGCGAGAUUGUGAGGUUAUUGAACGACUCAUCAAAUCAUAUUUUCUCAUUGUCAGAAAGAAUAUUCAAGACAGUGUGCCAAAGGCAGUAAUGCAUUUUUUGGUUAAUCAUGUGAAAGAUACUCUUCAGAGUGAGCUGGUAGGACAACUGUAUAAAUCAUCCUUAUUGGAUGAUCUUCUGACUGAAUCCGAGGACAUGGCACAGCGUAGGAAAGAAGCAGCUGAUAUGCUAAAGGCAUUACAAGGAGCUGGUCAAAUUAUUGCUGAAAUCCGAGAGACUCAUCUUUGGUGAUGAGAGCUAUAUGAUACUGAGAAGACUUUGUUGACUCCAAACUUGCUAGUUACUGCCCACUUGAGUAGAAUUUUAUUUAUGAACUCCUGUGUAUUGCAAUGGUAUGAAUCUGCUCAUGUGAAGACUGGCUAUAAACUGAAAAGUGUACUCUGUAUUGCAGAACAAAUCACAUUUAAUCUAAAUAAUAAAUGGCCGUUUCUAAAGUUUCCCAGUAUAUAUAAAAUAUAUCAAGUCUGUCUUGUGACAGUUUCCAAAAAGAACUGUUAAUGUUCUAGUUGUACAAAGCAGUCUGCCUGUGUAUAAGAAGCCCUGUGUAAUCUUUAUUAGUAGUUGUAAACUGCUGCCAUAGGCCUUCAAGAAGAAAGCACCAAGACAACAUUUCAUAUGACUAUAAUGCAUGUACUAUGUAGACUGACCUGCCUGUAAAAGACGUGGGUUGGCAAGUUCCUCACAUAUGGUCAAUGUAUUCCACUUGUCCUUCAAUUUAGUUUUUUUCUGAGCUUCUCUGCAGCCCGUGAUAUGUUAUUAAGAAAGCUGAAAUGCGCGAGAGGAUCUGAAACACUGACAUAGAUGCAGCGUGCAUACUGUGUAGUUACACAGCUCUUCCACUUCUGGGUCCACGUUGCCCUAGUGCAUUAAAAUUUAAAAUAAACCUGAAAGCAUGAAUUAGAAUUUCCUGCAUUAAAAAUAACUAGACUUGAUUAUCUAGUAAGACUUGGUAAUCAUGGCCAGUUCCUUUUAGUUUUAGAGGAUCCAAUGGUGACCUAAAUUCCCCUUAAUUUGCAAAUAUAGUGGUAAUUAAGACACCGCUCUAAAAUGGGGCACCUAGAACAGGCUCCAAGAUUCACUUUGAGGUGGGACUUAAUUAAGAUCAUUCUACUCUUUGUAAGUAUUAGUUGGCAAUAGCUACUUUUGCUUCAUACCAACAAAAUACAUGAAAAUACUGGUGGAGCUUUGUUACUUAAAAACAUUUGAGUACACAUACUCCCAAAGGCUUAAAUUGCAUUCAGGGGUGGAGGCGACAGUUAAAAGGUAUACAUAUUUUACUAAAAUUCCCUAGGUGAUCUUGGUAUGAACUACUACAUUAUAAAUUUUAAGAUAUGAGUAGAAAGCCCAAAGACAUCUAGUUCUAUCUCUAACAGAUGAUACAUUAAGUACGUGUUACACAUAUUAAAAUUUCUUUUCAGGUUAUGAGCAGAUAUUUAUGAAGGACUACUGGCAGAAAAAUAUGAGUACAUUAACUUUAGCUUACAGGACACAUUUACUAAGAAACAACAGGCUCAACAAUUGAUCUCAAACAUAAAAAUCCCUAAAUUAGUCUGAUAUGUGGUACUACUCUGAAUCUGUUAACAAUACCAUUUUGACAGAAUACAUGCUAUCAAAAUGUUAGCACACUUAAAAAUUAUUCUGUCAUUAUACAUUGGUUUUGAAAUUAUAGCCAUCCAUGAUACACUUUUUCCAGACAGUGUAUCAGAUGACUACCCUUCUAGUCUUUUGAAUUUGUAAGGAAGAAAAAACUUACGCUGCACCUUUCUUCAGCACAUCAAACAUUUCAAACUGAAAAUGUUAGUUUUAAAGACAUGCUAUCGUAAUGCACUUGGUACAAAGAAAAACAGAGGCAAGAAUCUUAAAAUGGAAAGAAAAAAAGCACUUCCUUUGUUGGCCCUUAAACUGAGUGAAAUUCUGAAAUGUAGAGAUGAUCUCUGACAUUUAUAAUAGACACCUGCAUGUUCUUAUUGUAUAAAUAAAAUUGCUGGUAUGAAAUGA